UCCGGGCGCGGAGCUGCGGAGCGGGGACGGCUCCGGAUUUCCCACAGCUCUGCUCGGCGGGGACUUCCUGUCCCUUCCUCCGCGCUCACCUCAGCUCCGGGGCUGCGCUGACAGGGCGGGCGGGCUCGGCCUCAGCGCUUCGUACAGAGCCCCUCUCUGAGCUGAACGAGCCCUUCUGGCUCAUCCGUGAGGGCUUUUCCUGCUUCGGGCUGCUGUUCCUUUAGUAUCGGCCGUUGUGCUGUCAGUUUCUGUCAUUGCAUGGUUCAGUUCUACUUUCGUGUGUUUUUUCAGGUUUAAGCUGCCUUAAAAUCGGGACUGCAAAGAAUGGAAUGAGACAGAAGAAAGAAAGCAACGCUCCCAAGUGCCCAGCAAGGGGUAGCAGGUUGUUUGACACGCAUGGACACACAAGAUUAUGAAUAGUGAAGAAAAUGAAGAAUGGAACAUCCAUCAAAGACUGACAACCUCUUAUAAGGGUGACCAGUGUGACCUCAUGACGCUUCUGUAAAAGCCAGAUUCAGCUAGGAUGUUACACCAUCACUGUCGGAGAAACCCUGAGCUACAGGAAGAAUUGCAGAUUCAGGCUGCAGUUGCUGCUGGCGAUGUUCACACCGUGCGCAAAAUGCUGGAGCAAGGAUAUUCUCCAAAUGGUCGAGAUGCCAAUGGCUGGACCUUGCUUCAUUUCUCUGCAGCGAGAGGGAAAGAGAGAUGUGUCCGUGUUUUUCUUGAACAUGGAGCUGAUCCCACGGUUAAGGACUUAAUUGGAGGCUUCACUGCUCUGCAUUACGCAGCCAUGCACGGCCGAGCGAGGAUCGCGCGCUUGAUGUUGGAAUCGGAAUAUAGGAGUGACAUUAUUAAUGCAAAAAGCAACGACGGUUGGACUCCCCUCCAUGUAGCAGCCCACUAUGGCAGAGACUCGUUUGUCCGGCUCCUGUUGGAGUUCAAGGCUGAGGUUGAUCCGCUCAGUGAUAAAGGUACUACCCCACUUCAGCUGGCCAUUAUCCGCGAGAGGUCAAGCUGCGUGAAAAUCCUGCUGGAUCACAAUGCCAACAUCGACAUUCAGAAUGGUUUCCUGUUACGCUACGCUGUGAUCAAAAGCAAUCACUCGUACUGCCGAAUGUUCCUUCAGCGAGGGGCGGACACAAACUUGGGGCGCUUGGAGGACGGACAGACGCCCUUACACUUGUCUGCUCUUAGAGAUGAUGUGCUUUGUGCACAAAUGUUGUAUAAUUACGGAGCAGACACUAACACGAGGAACUAUGAAGGACAGACCCCACUGGCUGUUUCAAUAAGUAUUUCUGGAAGUAGCCGACCCUGUCUGGAUUUCUUACAAGAAGUGACAAGACAGCCCAGAAACUUGCAAGAUCUAUGCCGAAUUAAAAUCCGACAGUGUAUAGGCCUUCAAAACCUAAAACUACUUGAUGAACUACCCAUUGCCAAGGUUAUGAAAGACUACUUAAAACACAAAUUCGAUGAUAUCUGAUAUCCAUGAAGAGAAGAACUCUGAGCAAGAUUAGUUAUAUUCCAGAUACUGAAGAGGCUUGUUGCCUUGCACAAAGUAUAUCCUAUGCAAAUUCUGAUUUUUCUGUGAAGUCAGAAGGCAGGUAUACACUUCCUUGGGUUUUUUUAUGCCACAUGCUAGAAGGUCUUAAUUUUUGGUUUCUUGGUCCAAGUUUACAAGGUCCAAGCUUUCUAUACGAUGUUACAUUUUAGAAUUUGCUGUUGGGUUUUCAGUUUUGUUUUCACAUUCGGUGUGCAGACUUGCAGUGGAGGUGGAAUGUGGCCUAACGACGGAGGGGGUUGCUUUGAAUUGGCAUGCUGAGCAGAGGUUUGAUAAAAGUCUGGAAAUCAAGGUGCCAGUCCUGCAAGAGAUACCGAUAGACCUCUGGAGACCUGUGUGUGGUCUGUUGGGGCUUUUUGUCUCAACCAGGGUGGAUGUUUUUGCAGGAUAGGGAAGAGUUGAUAAUCAAAAUGUAAUUGGGUACUGUAUGAGGAUAAUUUGGAAAUUUAAGAAGUAAUAAUAUCACUCUAUUCAAUUCAAGAGCCUUUUUAUUUUGCCCUCUUCUUCUUUCCUGUAGUUCAGAUGCCCAUCAAAUUCAGCCCUCUUUGCUGACGUUCCCUGUACAGCGGGCGGCUCUUUUUGUCUCAUCCUGACAGUGAUGGAACACUACAAAGAGGCAUAGCCUCUUUAUUUUUCACAUUAACUUAAAAAAAAAAAAAAAAAAAUCUAGACUUUUGAAGCCAACGUAUUGUUUCUCAUACAGUGCCUCCUGUGCAAUAAUCUUUCUGAUGUAUUUUCCCUUUACGUGUGAUUUUUUUUUUUUAAAUUCCUUCCCCCACUAUUCCUCAUCUAGUCUCAGUGCAUUAUUUGUGAGAAUAGGAACUGCUGCCUCACUGCAGUGUUAACAGGACAUUACUGAGGUGGUGGCAGUUGCUGUUCGUUUUUAAUCCCUGAAUUUCAUGAAUGUAUAACCUGCUUUAUUUCACUUUCAGUUGGAAUUUUAUCUGUGGGUUCUCAGCCAAAUUGCAUCCAUUUUAAAAAAAGUAGGAAAGAAAUUGGCCAAGCCCUUCAUUUUAAAGACAGCGAUGAAUUUUGUUGUUGUUAUUAUUGCUCUGAAAUUCAAUUUAUUUCAGCUUAGAGAGUGGGAAGUGCACAUAAGUGGUGUUCAGCUGCACCUUAUAUGCACACAAACAAGAAAGCACCCUCUUCGUAUUGGAAGUUUAAAUUCUGCAAACAUCAAGUGAUUUCCUAGUAAUCUAAAAGCAGCAACUGAAAGGAGUACUGAAAUUUGGCUACUGGAUGUGUUCUUCAUGCUAGGUAUUAAAAAGAUCUGUUAAAGAGUUUUGUUUCUGAUCAUAACAAAUGAAGUUCUUGCUAUCAAAGAAAGAUUGGGCCAAAAUUUGAAGCUGUUUCACUCUCUUUAUUUUCAAGAGAUUAUGAAGUCAUCAUAUGCCAGUGUCUUCUCCUUUUGCCAUCCCACUGACUCCAGAAGAGCCCCUCUCAUGUCAGGAGUGUUUUGUACCCAUUAUACCAAUGGAAAUGGGGAGAUGAAAGGAACCGAUGGUGGCUUUUGAUUUUAACACUGUCACUUUCAAAAUGUUUAGUAUUAAAAAUACUAAAAAAAAAAAAAAAAAAAAAAAAGGGCAGAAGCAGGUUUAGUCACAUUGUUUCUCUGCUAGUUGAUUUUAAUACCUUGUAACCCUGGGUUGCAGUUCCUGAAGCCUGAAUCUUUUCACUGGUAACGGAUGCAGCAGAGCUGUGGCAGCAAGAAGGCUUCUUUCUGUGCUUAAUGCUGCAUCAGGCUUCCAAACCAUAAGUGGUUUUGGAGAUUCGUGGCUCAGAGAAUUGGUGAUGGGGUGUAGAACCUCUUGAUCUCCAGCUUGCACCGGUUCCAGUGUGGCCCACUCAGCAGCACAUGAACUCCAGGUUAAUGUGAGCACUGGGAGUACCCAUGGCUGAUCCCCAAACUGCACCACUGAGCCUUGGCCACCAGUAGGGCUUGGUGGGGCUCCAGCCAGGUGAUGUGUGGGGGCAGACUGAGCGUGUGGAUGUGAGUGUGACAGUGUCCGUAGCUGUGGAGGAAGCAGGAAGGGUCAGCCCUUAGGGUCUAAAGCUCUGCAGAACUGAAACAUGAUGAAAACUAAGAACUGGCAGGUUUGAAGCAUGAAUCUUCUCUUUUGUAACACAAGAUCAGAACCUUAAAACUGCUUCUUGUUUUUUUUUUUUUUAAAUACUUAGUAUUGUACACUACACUUGUAAGUUGGUCUAAACCAAUAUCUUUUCCCACUGAAUUUUUACAGUAAUAUUUUCUAAGGUAAUCUAGAGUAUAUUUUAGUUGCAAUCUAUAUUAAGGCAAAUUAUUUGUUCUGUUUGUUGCUGUGACUGAAGAAAAUUAUGGAAGACUUGUUGGUAACAAGAAUGCUAUUUAAUGAAGAAAUGUGUAAUUCCA